AUGCUGUCGCAAGUUGGAACGCUAACUCUGAUCAAGCGGAGAGCUGUUUUCCGACAUGGUGCCUUGCUCCUGUCCCGCUCGCAGAGUGCCGCUCUUUCCCAAAAUGUUUUUCCUAAUGAUCCAGAAGAUCUGACAAAUUACUACGAUCAACCUGCAUUGAGACAGUUCACGGAGCAGUGGCUCAAAAAAUCGCCGCCAAAAUUCGCAGGAAAAAGACCAAAAGAAGGAAAAAAGCUCGUUUUUGAUCCACCAGUCACUCGCUUGUCUAUCCCGAAGUUUCCCACUGCGUUCAAAAAUGAAAAGACUUACAUCUCGUCCGGACAGUCGGAAACGUAUAGAAAAAUCUUCCAAAAUUUGUACAGUGCCGCGAUGUUUGAGUAUAAAAACUUGGUGAAAGAAGAGCUUGAAAUGGGCAUUUCGCAGCAUAGUGGUCCGGAAGCUGGGAAAACGGCGAGUUCGAGACCGCUUUUUGAAUUGGAGAAGAGAGGCUUGGCUGCAUUCGGACUUUCGAUAAAUAAAAACUUCACUCUUCCAUCAGAUUCGAGCUCAGUUGGUCUGACCAGGACGAAGAACGGCCAAGUUGCGAUUGAGCUUACACGCAAUAUCGAAGAGUACGGACCAUUACUGUGCAAGGGCUUCAAACCUGGCGAUAGAGUUUUACUAAAAGUGGCGAGAAGCCUUUUCGCGAAUUCAAAAGAUUCCCGCGAAUGCGAGAACCAUGAAAAUGACCCGUCAGUGACGUGCGAACUCUUAAAAAUUUCGCCUUCUCUCAUCCAGUUGGAAUUUAUCGACGAGUUGCCAUUUUUCAUCAACCAAGAGUUUUCGACCGUUGACGGCUGUGGCGCUGAAUUUUUCAUUUGUAGGACAGCUCGAGCAGACGAGCAAUGGAAAUUCGUCCGACAUUUGCAAAAUAUUGUCGAUUCAGAGAAAUUAGAAAUCAAGACGUUCCCAAAUGGUCCUCUCCCGUAUUUGUUAAAUCGAUGGAACAAAAGGUUGCCAUCAUUUUCCGAAAACAUCGCCGACAAGUCAGACUCUUGGCCGUUUUCAGUUGAGAAGAAAAAUGUAAAGAACAAACAUCUAGUGUUGGACCGAAGUCAAAUGAAAGCUAUUGACGCCACUGUCAAAAUGGUUGAUCACGAUGACCUGGAUCACGGUCCAAUAACGAUCAUCCACGGACCUCCCGGGACAGGCAAAACAACCGUUGUCGCCGAAGCAGUUUAUCAAAUAACGCUCAAGUUUCCAGACAAACGUAUUCUAGUUGUUGGGCCGUCUCACGCAGCCACAGACAACAUAUGCUUGGCGCUAGGAAAAUACCUUGGGAAGAAUGAGAUCUUCCGUUACGGACGGGUGAGCAAAGUAACCGACGAGGCAGUGACUCAAUUCAUGCCAGCCAUGGACUCUAAGCGAUUGGAGAUCGUUAUGCAGCGGACGAAACGUUUAUUAGACAACGCAAAGACAUUUCAGUCAACAGAAGAGUCUUUCCAGUUCGAUCAAGCUGAUCUUAAGCGCCAGUUACAGCAAAUAUCGAAUCAAUUACACCGCGGGCGAAUUCAAUCACUGAAGGACAAAAGAAUUGUAUGCUCAGUUUUGGGUGCCUGUGUUCGCAUGUCAUCAUCCAACUCAACCAUCAUCCACAAAGAAAUAAAACGCGGAAGUUUCGAUAUUAUAGUUUUCGAGGAAGGCGGCUUCGUGACACUCGCCGAGGCGUUGGAAAUUCUUCCCUAUUUCGAAAGUUGCAUUGUUGCGGGUGAUCACCUGCAGCUGCCGCCCGUUGUAAAAACAGAGGAAGCCAAACGGCUUGGUUAUGACAAGAGUUUCAUGGAAUACGUUGUAGAGAAGCUCCCUUCGCGCCAUUUUCUGCUAGAGACACAAUAUAGAUCGCACUUCAUGAUCUCUGGCUGGAGCAGCCGGGUAUUAUACGAAUCGAGGCUAAAAGCGGGAAGGCGCAAUAAAAAUAUACGUCUUGGUGAUAGCUACGAAGAAGGUUGUUCUACUCUCAGAAACAAUCCCCUAAUUUGGCUUGAUCACGCGGGUCUAGGCUACAACGAAGGUCAUGACGACGUUCCAGACUCUCACGAAAGUUAUCAUAAUGAGCACGAGGCGAAACUCGUCGCCCGAAUGUAUGAUCACUUUCGGAAUAAAAUGGGCAUUCCAGAGUCAGAAAUCGGAAUUAUCUCUUGCUACUGGGCUCAAGUGGCUCACAUUCGCCAGUCGCUGGAAGAAAUUGAUCCUAAUUAUGCCUCUGCCACCGUUCGGACAAUUGAUGGCUACCAGGGAAAAGAAAAGGACGUAAUUAUUGUCUCAAUGGCUCGCUCGAAUUUAUCCUGGGAUCUCGGAAUGAUGGACGAUGUGCGGCGAAUUAAUGUUGCAAUUACUCGUGCGAAAAGACACUGUUGCUUGAUCGGAGAUUCACAGACUUUCAGCUAUGACGAAAAUUACGAAAUCUUGCUAAAAGGACUGAAGAAAAAGAAUUGUGUCAUUUCGCUGCGUAACUUUCAGCAAAAGAUGGACGAAGAAGGAUUCGAUUUCGGGCCAGUAGAAAUCGAGCAAAAAUUUGCUGAGCAACGCAGAAUACCGAACGAGGCCUGGCAGCAGUCACUUAUUCAAGAAGAAGAUCGAAUCGGCUUUUUCAAUAAGAAUCAAGUUGUCGAGUCGAUGCUUCAUUUGGAAAAAUUGGACGCUCUUCUUUUAAAUCUUUCGAACUCUAUCGUCGAUUUCAUUCAAUCUGGACCGAUUUUGUUCGAAGAGGGAUUUAUCAAAAGAAGUGAAAAUGAAUGUUUCGCUGGAAAGCUCAACUCGUUAUCAAAGUUUAUGUUACAUUUACAGAGCCAGUCGAUUUCGUUCUCAGAAGAUCAAACAUUAAAACUGGAGAACUACAUCGUCGAUUCAAUUUUGCGGCCAAGUAUUCCACUCGAAAGUGACGAAGACGACGAGUCCUUUGCUGACGUCAAGGAGUUAUUUGAGCUUUCGCUGAAAAUCUCUUCCAACUUCAAAAAGAUCCCCGAAAUGGUGCAAAAUCUUUCGAACGCUCUUACGGAAAAGUCUUCUUCCAGGCUCCUCGCUCGGCAUGAACAAAUUCGGUUGAUGGCGGACAUGAAAAGCCAGCCUCCAGACGUUCGCAAUAAGCUCUUAGAGCAACUUCUAUUUAACCCACCGGAAAAUGACGACGACUCGGUUACUCUUGAUACGUUACUUGAUGGGUUCGACGUUCUGGUCAACGAGUUGCAGAACUCGACUCUUCGCCGUGAAAGACAAUGUGUCAAUUUCCUGGAGAAGUUUAAGCCCUUUGUCCAGAGAGUGUCGGAAUUAAGAAUGCGGAAGUCAGACUUCGAACAUCUGAAAACAAUUGGACGCGGCGCUUUUGGCGAAGUGGCUGUCGUUCGUCAAAAGGCUAGUGGAACUAUUUACGCGAUGAAAUCACUCUGCAAAUGGCAUAUGCUCGAAAAACUAGAUAUUGCUUGCUUCCGCGAAGAAAGAAACGUUCUAGUCCGAGCAAAGUCUCCUUGGAUAACAUCGCUACAUUAUGCGUUCCAGGACUCAUCCCGUUUGUACCUGAUCAUGGAAUAUUAUCCUGGAGGCGAUCUCGUCACACGCCUUUCUAAGUCUGACUAUCAUUUUCCAGAGGACGAAGUGCGCUUCUACGUCUGCGAAAUGAUUGUUGCUAUAGAUUAUCUACAUUCGUUAAGCUUUGCCCAUCGUGACAUCAAACCAGAGAAUAUCUUGAUAUCGAGCGACGGUCACAUUUGCCUGGCAGAUUUCGGAAGUUGUCUAAAAAUCGACCCGGAUGGAUUUGUAAGGUCUAAUGCUUCCGUCGGUACGCCAGAUUAUAUUUCCCCGGAAGUCCUCCAGACUUACGAGAAAGGUGGGGAAUGCUAUGGAAAAGAAUGCGACUGGUGGUCUCUUGGAGUCAGUAUGUACGAAAUGCUCUUCGCAGAUACUCCCUUUUACGCUGAAAGUCUCGUGGAAACAUAUGCUCAGAUUAUGGACCAUGCUGAAAAAUUCGCAUUUCCGAGUCCAGAUGAGGGCAUUGUAGCCUCAGAAAACGCGAAAGAUUUAAUUUGCAAGCUCAUUUGCGAUAGAUCCGUCCGUCUCGGAAAGAAUGGCCUUUCUGACUUUCGAGAGCAUCCCUUUUUCGCGGGCAUCGAAUGGGAGACUAUCCGCGACCAAGUUCCGCCUUACAUUCCUGAAAUUGAGUCACCAACUGAUACUUCGAACUUCCCGGAUCAGCUUGAAGAAUACCGAAUAAUUAAAGAUCCACCUCCAACCGGAAAUAACAUCUUUACUGGCAAACACCUUCCCUUUGUCGGCUUUACUUACACGAAGUCAUCACGCUUGUCUGGCAACACCUUAUCGAGUGCAGCCGCUGAAAACAGCAGCCAAGAAAAAUCUUUGUCUACCGCUCCAGUUCCUGCUCCUCGAAAGAAAGAAGAGCCUCAAGAUGAGGAGAUCCGAAAAGAACUGCAAUCGCUAAAAGAAGCCUACAACUUUCAAACCAAAGAACUUGCAUCUGCAAUGGAGAAGAUUGAUCAGAUCGCAGCAGAAAAUGCCAAUAGAAAAUUAGCUGCUAUUGAGAAAAGUGAAGAAACUGAACGCCUCAAGAUUUUCCUUGACAAGUUGGAAAGGGAAAAUGCCACCUUGAAGUCUAACUUAGAAAAAGUCGCGGCGGAACAGAAGGUGUCUGACGUCUUCUCCAGUCGUCUUGACAGUCUUCAUGACGAGUUAGAAGAGUCCCAAGCUCUGCAUUUGGAAAAAGAUGCCCAUAUCGAGCAACUUACCUCCCAAUUUGAGUCUGUAUCUGAAGAGCUAUCGUCAAAAAAAGACGGAGAAACAAUCCAACGUCAGCGGAUAGCUUCACUCGAAAGAGAAGUCAAUGGACUUGAAUCACAAAUCACCAGCUUGAGACUUGACGAUGAGAAUCGUGAAGGCUGGGAGAGCUACCUGCGAAGCAUAACCAAAUGGGUGAGAGACGAAAAGGAUGCAAGAAAUUAUCUGGAAGUUUUGGCAGAAAAGAUGGGCGAGGAACUCGAAGCAUUGCGUCGGGCCAGAGAUGCCCAAGUUCCAUUACAGCAGCAUUUGAACUCAUGCGAAACAUCACCUAGAGAUGGCAGUGAUCGGGAAAGAUGGCAAACUUUACGAAAUUCGAAGAAAAAACAAGCAAAAAUACUAGAAAUCGAGAGCACACUUCGAGAUGAAAUUACCCAGCGCGAAAACUUGUCCAAGGAUCUUGCACAAGAGCGCGCGCAUUCUCACGAACUCGCUCAAGAGCUACAGCAAGCUAGGUACGAGCUAGAUUGUCUCAAAAGAACAAAUAGUCUAACCUGCAUGCCUGCUGAUCAACGGUCAGACUGCUCAGACUCACGCUCGGAUCCGCAUGUCCAAAGUACGGCGUCUUCAAGUAUUUCUCAGAAGGGUAUGGACUCAAACAGAAGUGGAGGCCCCCAGACGAUCGUGUCAGAAGUAACCGACCCAUCCCUUUACCGAAUUCCAUCAGCCACGGUUACUCACUUUCGAGUAACCCUUAUCUCUGUUUCUGGUCGGCCAUCCCCGAUGAAGUCAACGAAGUCACAGAAAUCAGCAGCGACACCGCACAAUCAUGAAUUUGUUGUGAAGACGUAUCAAGAACCUGUUCCUUGUCUUCAAUGCGGUACUUUCAUGCUCGGCCAGUAUCGACAAGGCAUUAUCUGUGAAAAUUGCGAGUUUCCCUGCCAUUACAGCUGUGCUAAAAAUGUGCCAAAAGUCUGCCCUCUGCCAAGAGAGGACCUGGAUCGUCGACCAAUAGGACUCCACACACUCGAUAUACAUCGCAGUACUGGUACUGCUUACGAGGGUCGUCUUUGGCUCCCAAAACCCCAAGGAGUUAAGAAGGGCUGGCUAAAAUGCUUUGGGGCGAUUACUGGUAAUCGUUUCUUCGUGUUUAUCGUUUCAGAAGAGCGCAAGGCGCCUCUCGUCAACUGCCAGGCAGCAUUCUCGUUUGAUCUCCGUGAAGAGUGUUUCUCUGUCGAGACAGUGCGCCCUGAAGAUGCAAUUCACGCCAACAAAAAAGAAAUAGAGUCAAUUUUUCGCCUUCGAUCCACCUCAGUUCACCGCACCACUUCCAUCACACACCCUGUCCUUACAUUUUCGAUACUCAUGAAGUGCCAGAAUUCAUCCGAAAAGCAAAAGUGGAUUGACUAUCUUUCGAAAGUCAACAAAACUUUGAAGCAUUCCCUUCCGCCGCCAGUGUUCAGUCUACUCGAAGCAUAUGACCCGUCCCUUAUCCUCAUUAAGACUAUGAUAACUGCCGACAUUAUUAGUAAAGAUCGAAUCAUACUUGGUACAGAAGACGGUCUCUACUGCAUGGAUCUAAAGCGUCAUGACUUCGUUAAAAUCAUGGAGAAAAAAGUCCUUAAUGUUCAAGUCUCAAAAAACCACAGAGUGAAAAUCAUUGUUGUGAUAUCUGGGAAUCGCCGCGCGAUUCGCGUUUUGCCUCUCAAGGCUGCUGCUGAACCACUCAAAUUUGCUAAAGACACUGUAAAGCUCGACCAAACUCGUGGAGCAUCAUUGAUAUCAAUCACUGCUGUAAGUACAAGCUCUCUGUCGCUUGUAAUAGCAGCCAGGAAGACACUUUUCUGCUAUGAGGUCACGGUUGACGAAAAAGAAGCAUUAUCCGUAAAGCACAAACAAGAGAUUGCGCUUGAUUACAUUCCGCAAAACCUUCACCAAUCGGAUGGUAGCCCAGUAAUAGUUGUCGGGUCAACUUUGGGAUAUUCGAACUAUAUUGUCGCCUGGGUCACUUUAUUACUGCCUCAAGACAACGCUACUUUUACAAAUAAUCAAAACCGUCCGAAACAUCUGUUGAGCGUAAAACAAGAUUCCGCAAUGAGCACGUUGCUCGAAAACAAACUGCUUCAGCAACCUAUGGAUGCUCUAUGCUCUGUUGAUCUUGGCGUUGAGCAGAAAGAGCAUCUUCUAUGCUUUAGCAAGUUUGGAAUUUAUGUGAAUUACGAUGGCGAACGUUCACGUCAAUCAGAAAUCAUGUGGCCAUCGGAGCCUCGGUUCAUUUGCUGUCACUCUCCUCCAGAAAACAAGCCGCCAGUUCUGAUAUGCUACAUGGACAAUUCUAUAGAACUGUAUGAUGUUUAUUCCGGCCAGUGGAUUCAAUCCAUAGCAUGUCGUCGUCUUCGACCAUUGAACACAGAUGGCAGUUUAUCGUGCAUGGAGACUGACACACGUCGUCUUCUUUUGUUAUCAAACCCGAGCGAGAAAAUCGAGGACAACGAGCACUGGAUAGAGCUUCCUUUGCAAUUCAACCCUGCUUUACAUAAACGACAGCUUGUUAAAAAAUCUAAGGUUUCUUUCGAGUUCAAAGUACCAGACUCAACGCAAAAGAAACUGGCGUCGAAAAUGCGUGACCCUGUGCAGCGAAAGAUUUUGAUAUCUGGCCCUGUCACUGACACGUUUCAACACUUGGAGCAUAUGGACCCGGCUGACCAAACGUGCUCACUUACACAAUCGACGUCUAGCCUUGCUAGAACGGCAAGUUCGAGCGAUGUUGCGAUGGACGACUACGAUGCUACUGUUGCCGCCGCUAAAGAGGCUUUUAAAGUCUGGCGUAAUGUGCCUGCACCGAAGCGCGGCGAGAUUGUCCGUCAAAUCGGCGAAGAGCUCCGAAAAUAUAUUGAGCUGCUGGGGAAACUUGAAGCACUAGAGAUAGGCAAGACUGUGGUUGAAGGGAGAGGCGAGGUACAAGAGUUCGUUGACAUCUGUGACUAUGCUGUCGGUAUGUCAAGACAAUUACCCGGACAAGUGCUUCCCUCUGAGCGUGAGGGACACGAUUUGCAGGAGAGAUGGAAUCCGCUUGGAUUAGUCGGUGUCAUUAGCGCCUUUAAUUUUCCAAUCGCUGUGUAUGGAUGGAACGCAGCAAUAGCUUUGAUAACCGGAAAUUGCGUUAUUUGGAAGCCCUCACCCACAGCCAUUAUCUCGACAAUUGCUACUCAGAAUAUCAUCCAACGCGUGUUUGAACGGAACAAUCUUCCAAAAGCGAUCUGUACGCUUGUUUGCGGCGGUGCGGAAAUUGGAGAUGCGAUAGCAAAGGAUUCCCGAAUCAACUUGGUGAGCUUUACUGGCUCUACCGCUGUAGGAAGAGAAGUGGGUGCUACUGUUCAACGAAGAUUUGGUCGUGUUUUGCUUGAACUUGGUGGAAACAACGCCGCGAUUAUCAAUCAUGAUGCUGAUGUUGAAAUGGCAUUAGGUGGAAAGAUCGAAUACGGUGGCGAAGUAAUCGAUAGCGAUGGCUUCUAUGUGCAGCCAACAAUAGUCAGUGGUCUUGCGCACGAUUCGGAACUGGUCAUGAGGGAGUCCUUUUGCCCAGUUUUAUAUGUAAUGCCGUUUGAUAAUUUGGAUCAGGUUAUCGAAUGGAACAACGAAGUCGAAGCAGGCCUGAGCUCCUCAUUGUUCACAAGUAACAUUACGGACUUAUUCAAGUGGCUCGGACCGAACGGUGCUGACACUGGCAUCGUAAACGUUAACUGCCCAACCAAUGGGGCCGAGAUCGGAGGCGCUUUCGGGGGAACAAGGCGACAGGCUGGGGCAGAGAAGCUGGAUCUGACUCCUGGAAACAGUACAUGA